AAGAAAAAGCUAGAAGUAGCUUGAAUGUGUCUGGUAUUUACUAGCAUUAUAAUGCAAAGCUUCUGUCAAAACUCAAAGCUAUUGGAAGUAUUCCCGAUUUUGUUUAAUAUAUUAUUUAAUUUGAAAUACAAAAUGAAUAGUGAUAGUUUUAUUUUUUUAAUUAGCGUAUAUAAUAAUGUACGUAAAGGCCUCUUGUUAUGUAAAUAGUUAAAGGACUGCGUACGAAAAUGGCUUAUCCUGAUUUAGUUGUAGUGAUGUAAAUAAUUUUCUUUAUUUACUAAUAUCUAAAAUGCGGUGUUGUGUACCGGGCUGCAAAAAUGACUCGAGACAUAUCUCGAAGUCUCAGGGAAUCACUUUUCAUAUUUUUCCCACUGAGGCAACACUUCGCUCCUCCUGGCUUCGGGCUCUUGGCAAAGAAUCGUGGGAGCCCAAGGAACGCAGCGCGGUCUGCUCGGAGCAUUUCCUCUGUGAAGACCUGUACGAGACUAAGAGUGGGCUCAGGAAAGUGAGGGCGGGUGCUGUGCCUAUUGUGCGAGAUGUUACUUGUGACUAUGGGGAAGCCAAUACUUUGCAGGUGUGCCGAAUAUGCCUCGCGGUGGACGGCAGGCUGCUCUCCAUUAGGAAGUACCGAUUGGAAGAAGCUUAUCACCACCUAACAGGGCUUGAGUGUGAAGAUAAGCUACCCGGCCAGCUAUGUGUAGAAUGCGCUCACCGCCUUCUAAACAGCAGUAGACUUAGGAACAAAAGUCUACGAGCGCAUUCAAUAAUGAUGGAGAUCGUGAGCAGACAGGAUAGCCUAACACUACAACAUCUAGCUACAAUAAACAGAGACAAUAAUAGACUGACCUCAAACCUAGGUCCUAAACAUUAUGAACCUAACAUCUACAACCAAACCUUAGACCACGACACAAUUGACGAAAAAGAACCAAUAUUCGAAGUUAAUAUCACAGAUGAAAUAGUAAUCAAACACGAAAAUAAUGAUUUUAAUGAAGAUAACGAAAUGAAAGAGGAAAAUAAUGAAGUUGGUUAUGAAGAUAAUGACAAUGAUGUAGAUUUUGUGGCGUCAGAUAGAGAAUAUUCGACCGAUGACAGUUUGCCGUUAGAAGCUAGGAGGAAAAAGAAGGAGAAGGUUAAGAAGAAUAAGAUUGAGAAGAAGGAAGUUAUUAAGAAGGUGCGAAAAAGACAAGUGAAAAAAGACCCAACGCUGCCUAAAAUCGACCGGCGACGGAAGCCAUUUUUAAAUGACGAAUUGAACGAAACUCUGUUUACGAUUACGGAUCUCACUCAAGAUGAGCAGCUAGAAGAGAUACGAAAGAGACAGGAGACUGCUAACUACAAAAAUUCUGUGUUCAAAUGUGAAGCGUGCUUCAAAGGCUUCCUGGACGAGGAUGCUUACAAUAGUCACAUCAUUAGACAUACAGAUCAAUGCGGCGAAUACGAGUGCAACAUAUGCAAAACGCAUUUCAAGCAUCCGCACGCCUUGAGGAAACAUAUCACGGCGCACCACACGCAACGAUUUAGUUGCAACCAGUGUCCUUACGUCACCACCCACAGACAAACGGCUAGACUACAUGAAAGAUGGCAUAAAGGCACCAAAUAUCAGUGCCCACAUUGUCAAGAUGAGUUUGUUAAAUUCACAACCUACAUGGGGCACAUACGCAUCAAGCAUCCGUCCGACUUCGUGUGCCAGCUGUGCGGGUAUUCCUUCGUGAGCGAGAAAGGGAUAGAGCUACACAAGAAGCUGAAACACAGACUCGACGACCCCCAGAUACCAGAGGACGGGCCUUUCUGCGAGCUUUGCAACGUACGUUUUGUGUCUAACGAGGCUCUGAGAAGGCACAUUCACGUCUCGGCCAGACACGCGGGCAGCGACAAAGACGACAAGGAAGCCAACAAGGCGAAUAGGCCACGAAGACCGCGGGAGCCGAACGUGGCGCGCGAGCGGAAGCGGUCGCGGAGCACCUCGAGCGAGCGCCGCCGCUACCCCAGCCAGCUGCGCAAGGCUGAAGGACCCAUCCCUUGUGAACAGUGUGGGAUGCAACUAGAGGAUUCCCGGGCGUACCACGGCCAUUUCCGGCGGAUGCAUCCGGACAAGAAUCGAACCAACUACCCGUCCAUGAAGUCGCCGUGCAUGUGCGAAGUGUGCGGACGGAUGUUCCAGAGCUACGCCCUCCUAAAAGACCACACCUGGACCCACACGGGCGAGCGGCCCUUCAAAUGCGACUCGUGCGGCAAAUCGUUCCGUAUGAAGCAACGCCUCGUCGCGCACCGCCGCGUGCACAGCGCGCAGCGCGCCACCUACGUGUGCAGCGUGUGCGGGAAGCACUUCAGCACGCACAGCAACCGGCAGCGGCACAUGUUUAUUCACACCGGCCUAAAACCAUUCAAGUGCGAAAUGUGUGGGAAGUGUUUCAAACACGCAAGCGAGAAGCGAGCACACAUCACAUAUGUACAUCUCAAGAAACCGUGGCCCAAGCGUGCUCGGGGCAAGCGUCGGGAUUCCAGACAGAGUAUGCAGCACCCUCAAAUGUCGGUGGGCACGAGCGCGAGCGAGAUGGACAUAGUGCAGCCGCUGUGGCCGUCCUGCGACCCGAAGCUGGCCGACAUCAACGCGAUGAUGGACGACAAGCCUAUGUAUUAUAACCUCAAGAUAUAGUCAAAGGUAUAAUUGUAUACAUAACUGUAUUAUUGUUGUAGUUAGAUACCUCGUUAUUUCAGGAUUAGAAAAAAAUCGGUCUAAUCGGUAUUACUGCAAUGUUCUGCCGCCAGAGUGCAGCACUAGCACCUAUUCUAAACCAUAGACUGAAUUAUACAUACUGUGCCUUAAACUGUUUUUUGACAAGUUUUCACAGAUAAUAAAAUAUGACAUUGAUACAUCAAGGCGGUUUGUUUACAUGAGGCCUGCCGGGAAACUCGAAAAUCUCAAUUUAGUUAUCUGCCUCUUUGUCGCUCGAAUAUGCAAGAAUGAUAGAGAGGUUAGAUAACGAAAUUUCGUUUUUCUUGUUUCGCGGUAAGACCCUCCGAUUGUGGUAGUGGCGCCCCCUACGCAGAGUUACGCAUAAUAUUCCCUAGUCACCCACGUUUUUUUUUUCAGACAUCUCAAUGUAAUUAGUAUAAGUUUACUGAUUUCCAUUAAUAUCACGUGAUAUAAGAGGCAUAUUAACCAGUUCUAAAAUAGAUUUACUAGAAAUUGCACGACAGAUCGCACGAUUUUUCUAAUCUUAAAAUAACGAAGUGUAGGUUGCCAUUAAAUUAGAAAUCGUACCAAUGGUGCCAUUACAAAUCAAUUAAAUAUAAGAAUAUAACUUGACAUCGGAUUUUUGGGGGCAAAAUUAAAUGUAAUGUAGGAAGUUGAUAUAUCGAUAAACUGAAUUAUCGAUGCUUUUCCUAUGUACUAGUGAUUGCUCCAAGUUUUUGCUUUUAAAUUGAAUAGUAUGAUAAUGAAACAAAAAAAAAAUCUACUACUUAGAUUAAUUUAUGUUUCUUAAUUUUAAAAGGAUUUUUGAGAUUUCAUUGAUCAUCGCGUUUUUAUUCAAGCCAGUCUUACCAAAUAACCAUCUUGCUAUACUAUUUCUUUUUUGGUACUCUAUUGAAUUAUGUAAAGCGAUAAUAUUAAUAGUUUGUUUCUUUUUGUACAAUUAAGUGUUUUACUAUUACCCCCAAAAGUCCGAUGUCUGAAUAUAACCAAAUCAUUUUAAUUCAAUACUUAAUCAGGAAGUCUCACCACUUACUCGUAAAUUAGUGACGAUAUAGUCCGUCAAAAAUUUUGUCAGUAGAAAAAGGCGCAAUUUUUUUUUUGGGACGAUAAGCCUUUGCGCCUACAUUUUUUAAUUUUGCCGCUUUUUCUACUGACGGAAAUGGCUUGACAGACUAUAUACUGUAUUUGGAACUCUACAACUGUUGCAAACAAGAUAAGCGGUUACCGUAGCCUAUAAGCUAGGGUUGCCAUAAUUAUUCGGAACUGAUAGGGGAAAAUGGGGAGGGGGAGGGGGAUACAUAUUCACACAACUUUAACUCAUAUAGGUGAGGAAACAAGGUGGUUUAAGAUGAUUUUGAUCAUUUCUAUAGGUAUUCUGCAGCGGUUUUGAUAUACAGGUCAAAAACGGAAAAAAUACGGGACUCGAUACUUGAAUUCGGUGACUUUUGGCAACCCUGCCUAUAGUGCCUGCAACACAGGUGCAAAAUACCCGUUAUCGACUUUUUGGAAAAUCUAUACACUCCUUUUAUGAAUAAUCGAGUACUUGUAGUCUCCGUCGAGAAAAUACAUACUAUUUGUCAUUAACCCUUUAUCGUGCGCGGCGUGUAUCAUGAACCUUGCCGGAAUGCUUGAAGAUUGAUAUCGGGUUGUAGCCGGGCGCGUAAAGCAUUUGGCGGUGAAACGGUUAACCUUUUCGACGCCGCGUCAAACACAAAAACUAUCACUCAGACGCCACAUCACCGAAGUGUCAAAACUGAAAUUGAACUUUAUGCAUAUGCACGUAGGUCUAUGUUGCUCUUUGGUCUGUGACGGAUUAAUCCGUCUUUGGCGUCGAAAAGGUUAAACCAUAUUUUAUAUAAGAUUAAGUUGGUUUUUAAAACACUUUAGUUGAAUUGUAUUACUAGUGCUUAAGUUAAUAUUGAAAAGAAUAAUAUGUAUAUAAAGUAUGAUUAAUAAUGUAGAUAUGGUAUUAAUUUAUUUUAGUUGAAAUUAACAUUGCUUUGUUUAUUAAAUUAUUAGUUAGGACUUAACAUGGCUGAACAAUAGGAAUCUCAUUGAUGAUAUCUUUUCACCGUAAUGUUAUAGAGAAAUAUAAGCAAAGAAAGAGGGCUAACUCCAUACAUCAGUUUUGUUACCAAAACACGAGUUAUUUCGUACUCGACAUCUAACGUCAUUUAGUACGGAAGGUGGAGGUAAGGAAAUAAAUCUCCAUGUACCAAAAAGUGUCAUCAAAAAACCUUAAAUAGGUGGCGCUACAAUACCUAGAAUACUUGAACAAAAAAAUCGAAUCAUAGACAGCGCACUUUACUCCGUCAAUAGCGCCUAGGUUCUUAGCUACUCUAGCGCUACUCUGGAGAGAUUUGGAACUAUUAUUUAUAGCUAACAGCUGGACACUUUUGCAACAGUUCUAUCAUAAGAGAUGUCACUCCUCUUAAUUCCAAACUCCAUAGUCAUUUAGUGGUUUUAUCAGUACCGCUACUUGACACCAGAUGUCACAAGAAAAGCAAGUGACGAAAAAUGUAUUGCCAAAACAAUUUACAACUAAUAUUACAAGCAUAAAUAGUUGAAAGUAGAGUUCCGGUUAAUCCGGUUAUAAUAUUAGCAGAAAAUUGUUGAGCAUUUGAGUUAUCGUUCGUCGCGACAUCUAUUGUCGAGUACUGAUAAAUUCCGCUAUUUGCCGCUAGAUGUCGACUACGAAAUAGCUAGCGUUUUGUUAAGAAAACUGAUGUAUGGAGUUACCACUAUUUACUAUUCCUUAUGUUAACCUUUUCAACGCUUUUCCACACGUGUCAAGAAAUGCCAUGGACGCCAAAAAGUUAACUGGUGAAGAGCGAAUAUGAAGCUUAACUGACAGUAGGAAAGUCGCUUUGACAACGUCCGCCAUAGCCUUUUUAAUGGUCAUUGGCGUCGCGGGCACGACAGACGAUGACCGUUUUAGUGGUCUUUGGCGUUGAAAAGGUUAAUAUGAUGUUUUUACAAAGAGCACGAGGUCUAUACAUAGGUGCAAUUUUAGUAAAAAUGCAACGUUUUGAGCAGCACAUCUAAAUUGUGCUCUACAACAUUUUACGUAUAUAACAACAGCCCAGGUACACACCUAAAGUUUAUGUUUUGUAAUAGAACAGUGGUGGGCAAACUUUUUUCAUGGGGGGCCAGUAAAUUUAAAAAAAUCCGAGGAGGGCCGGAACUGCAGUAUAAAUACAUUAUGAUUUGAAACCGUUAUCUCUCGAGCUAUAUACUAAUUAUUUCGAAGGACCGGCGGCGGGCCGGAUGAAAGCCUUGCGCGGGCCGGAGCUGGCCCGCGGGCCGUACUUUGCCCACCACUGUAAUAGAACAUUAAACGUGUUUUUACACGACACGAGUUUUCUAAUACCAUUGAUUUAAAAACUGAGAGUGUUUCUCGUAUGUUGGGCCACUAGAGGUAAAAUAACCUAGAUACUUAAUUUAUACUACAGAAGAAAAAGGAACACGGAUAGUAAUAUGAAUAAACACAUGAACAUUUUCGUUGCCACCAUUCUUGCUUUGAUUCAGAAAAAGACAUUAAUACUUAUAUAAUUGUAAUUAUUAUAAAAAGACAUGCUAUCUCUGUCUAGUGCAGAGAUAUCCGCACAGUAUUAUCUGUUGUGUUUACACUUCGUACGAUCAGGGGCCCAUUUCUCGAAUGGUAUUAGACUAUUAUUAUUAUUCCACGAACUAAGGGCCCAUUUCUUGAACGUUAUUAGACUAAUAUUAUUAGUCCAAAAACUGUCAAAUCGUAUGGGUUACCAUGGCAACACACUAAUAAUAUUAGACUAAUACCUUUCGAGAAAUGGGCCCCAUGGCGUAACUGUACGUGUUGUAAAAAUGUAAUUAGGUAUAUGGAGCGUGAUUGUGCACUGUGUUAUAUUUUAAAAUGUAAUAAAAUAUAUUUCAUACACAAA